CGGGGGGCUGCGGGGGGCUCCGGGAGCCGCCCCCGGCCCUCCCUGUGCCGCCGGGCUCAGGGGCCGGGGGGUCCCCGCGUGUUCGCAGCCUGCCGCCAGCGGCGGUGCUAGGCGAGGGGCUGGGCGCUGCUGGCACGGUGGUGCCUGCCUGGAAAGGUUUCCGGGGUGCUCCUCGUCCCGCGCGUCCCUGGGGACAAUACAUCUGUUCCGCAAAUCACAGAGAUCGUUGGUUGGAAAGUUAACGCAUGAAUUUAGGCUUGUUGCAGCAGAUAGAAGGUCCUGGAAGAUCUUGCUGUUUGGUGCUAUAAAUUUAAUAUGUAUUGGCUUCCUGCUCAUGUGGUGCAGCUCUACGAACAGCAUAGCUUUAACUGCUUACACAUACUUGACAAUUUUCGAUCUUUUCAGUUUGAUAACAUGUCUAAUAAGCUAUUGGGUAAUGAUGAAGAAGCCCAGUCCAGUCUAUUCAUUUGGGUUUGAGAGGUUUGAAGUUCUAGCUGUAUUUGCUUCUACGGUUCUAGCACAACUUGGUGCUCUUUUUAUACUGAAAGAAAGUGCAGAACGAUUUCUGGAACAGCCUGAGAUACACACGGGGCGACUGCUGGUUGGUACUUUCGUGGCUCUCUUUUUCAACUUAUUUACAAUGCUUUCCAUUAGGAAUAAGCCUUUUGCUUAUGUCUCUGAAGCUGCCAGCACAAGUUGGCUUCAAGAGCAUGUUGCAGAUCUCAGUAGAAGUAUUUGUGGAAUCAUCCCAGGAUUGAGCAGCAUCUUUCUGCCGCGAAUGAACCCUUUUGUCUUGAUUGAUAUCGCUGGAGCUUUAGCUCUUUGCAUUACGUAUAUGCUCAUUGAAAUCAACAAUUACUAUGCUGUAGACACAGCCUCAGCUAUAGCAAUUGCUUUGAUGACUUUUGGUACCAUGUAUCCCAUGAGUGUCUACAGUGGGAAAGUACUACUCCAGACAACCCCACCUCAUGUGUUCGGCCAGUUAGAUAAACUUCUUAGAGAGGUUUCAACCUUGGAUGGUGUCUUGGAAGUUCGAAAUGAGCAUUUCUGGACAUUAGGUUUUGGCAAUUUGGCUGGAUCAGUACAUGUCCGAAUUCGGAGAGAUGCAAAUGAACAAAUGGUACUUGCCCAUGUCACUAACCGAUUAUACGCGUUGGUCUCUACCUUGACUGUUCAGAUUUUCAAAGAUGACUGGAUCAGACCUACCUUAUCAUCUGUGCCUAUUGCAAACAAUAUGCUGAACCUUUCAGAUCAUCAUAUUAUUUCAAUGCCAUCUUUGAAAGCUGCUGACAACUUGAACCCUAUUACAUCUACUCCAGCUAAGCCCAGCAGCCCACCACCAGAAUUUUCUUUCAAUACGCCAGGCAAAAAUGUGAAUCCAGUUAUCCUUUUAAACACUCAGACGAGGCCCUAUGGAUUGGGCCUUAAUCACGGAUCCACACCCUACAGCAGUGUACUCAAUCAAGGAUUUGGAAUACCAGGAAUGGGAGCACAGCAAGGAUUCAGAACUGGUUUUACAAAUGUCCCAAGCAGAUAUGGAACAAACGCUCGUGGUCAACCUCGACCAUAAUAAACACCAUUAUUUAUUGUACUUAAGGGUAUUGACUUAAUUCUUUUAUUACCCAAUUUUUAUAAACAUUUGGAAUGUCAGAACAUUCUAAAUGGCUGGGAACAAGUGCAUUGUUCAUAUUCAUGAAAUGGUUAAAUUGCUUUUUUUUUUUUUUUUUCCUUUGCAUCAGCAAUAGCCUGUGUAAUGCCACAAAUGUUUUCCAGACUUACAGUACUUUACAGGUAGCUUUUAUAGUGUGUCUACUUUUAUUCAGCUUUUAAUUCACUUUCCUUUUUUUCCCCGAUAAAGUAUUAAGGUAUAGCACAGCUCUGUAAGAGAGUAAAAUUGUGACCAGGUAAUGCUUUUUCUAAUGAGAACUGCUUACUGGAUGUUGAAUGGCUGAGAGAGUAAGAAAUUGCAGAAGUGCAGGACUCAGUUUUUAAGGACGUUUUGAUUGCUGUAUUAAGUCUUCUUUUGGCAAAGUCACAAUUACUUUUCCCAGGGCUGCAAAAAUCCAUUAAUAUUCAUAUUGUGACCAUUGUGAAGACAAUCUGGUACUUCAGAUUCUAAUUAACUUUAUGAGACAAUGUUUUUACAUUUUUUGUUGAUGCCUUUAUGGAAAUUCAGAUGGUUCAGCAACCAUUCUAGUUGUAAGUAUUCCAUAUUCAUCUCUGAUAUUUCUUUUUGAUCUAAUUGCAAAAUUACUUAGCAAUAUAGUGGGAAAUAAAGGAUUUCAAACUUAA